UCCCGGUUCAAAGCGAGUCGACUCGACUCGGCUUCUAGAAGAAGCGGCUUCGUCGCGAUCCAUCGCCGUCCUCUUCUUCUCCUCCUCCGAUGGUCUCCGUGGUUCGCUCCACCCUCCUCUUCGCCCCUUCGAAGCCCUCUCCGCGACCGCGAGCGACAAUGGCGGCGAGCUUCUCCGCCGCUGGCACCGGCGCCGGCGCCGCCCCUCCCUCGACGCAGCAGCGGCGAUCAUCGAGGAAGCUCCCCGUGUUGCUCUUCGACGUCAUGGACACGAUCGUCCGCGACCCUUUCUACCACGACAUCCCUGCGUUCUUCAAAAUGCCAAUGAAGGAACUUUUAGAAAGCAAACACCCAACUGCAUGGGUUGAAUUUGAGGAGGGAUUGAUUGAUGAGAAUGAGCUAGCUAGGAAGUUUUUCAAAGAUGGAAGAUCUUUUGACUUGGAAGGUCUCAAAGAAUGCAUGGUAAGAGGAUAUUCCUAUGUAGAUGGUAUUGAGGCCGUGCUUUGCAGCUUGAAACAAAAUGACUACGAAUUGCAUGCUUUCACAAAUUAUCCAGUCUGGUACAUGAUGAUUGAAGAUAAGUUACGACUCUCGAAGUAUUUGUCUUGGACAUUUUGCUCUUGUCUUAUUGGAAAACGCAAGCCUUCUCCUGAUUCUUAUAUGGAAGUGGUACAUCAUCUCGGAGUUGAGCCAGGAAGCUGUGUCUUCAUCGAUGACAGGAAGACAAAUGUUGAGGCAGCUAUAAACGUGGGAAUGGUCGGGUUACACUUCAAGAGCGCAGAUUCUCUCAAACAAGAUUUGGCUUUAUUAGGAAUUGAGGUAGUAACUGCAGCUCAUCCCUAAGGCAAAGCUCUUAUAAUUCUCCAGAUUCUCAAGAUUAAAAAAUGCCUUGUUAUUUCUUCAUGCUUCAUUCGGAUGCAUACAUUCUUCUAUCCAAAUACGUAAACUCCGAAAUAAUGGCUACUGCAAACAUCCAGAUGCAUCUCAAAAUGUGUCAAUUAUGUAUAUUAUCUCCAUUCCUUGGUUAUAUUCACAUUGGCUGCUAUAUCUGUAUCUCAAUUGUCCUAAGAAGUAUUCUUAUUGCUAGUUAAUUUGUUCGACGACCCCCUAUGUUAA